UGAGUUUCAAUACUUUACGGCUCACCAAAAAAAAAAACAAAAACAAAAAACACUUGCCUUUUUGUUUUCUUCUAGAUUUUACCGACGAGAGAAUAAGGAAGAGACAACCCACGAUCCUCCAUAGCUGUACAGUACAUAGAUCCCCCACAAAGAAAAAGAAACCCAAAUCAAUCAAUCAAUCAUGCCUUCCGGUGCUAAGAAAAGGAAAGCCGCCAAGAAAAAGCAGCAACAAGAAGCCUCUUCUACUCUCAAAUCAAUCAACCAUGGAUCUACCGAGGAAGAAGCUGUCAGAAUCGUAAAGGAAACAGGGUUGGAUACUAAUGAGCAGCGUGUAGAGAUCACUGAUUCAAGCCAUGAUCAUGACAAGAGCUCUAGCAGCAACAGCAGCAGUAGCGGUAGUGGUAGUGGUAGCAGCAGCUCUGAUGAUGAUGAAUCCCAUGAAGUCAAGGAGGAGACUGAAGUGAUCAUCACUGUGCCAAGUCAACCUGUUCCAGUUGCUGGAGACGCUCCCUUUAUUGGUUCUACUGCUAAUGCGAUUGUAGAGAAUGCCGGUUUGAUGGAUUCAACUACACCUAGUGAUCCAGAGACUGAGAACAUUGUUGUGACCUCGUCUGCCGCUGAAGCUUCUCUUGCAUCUGAUGAGAGUAAGCAGGCGUCUUCAAGCACGACUGGCUCUGAUAAAAAAGAACUAAAAAAAUGUGUUCCUGAAGGGAGCAAAGAGUCUCAAGUUGUCAUUUCUCAUGUGGAAGAGGAUCCCGUGCGACCAACACAUGGAGUUGCGCAAAGAACCUCAUGGUUAAGUUGUUGUGGCUUGUUUGAUGUGAUGACAGGAUCCAGUAGAUAAGCUCAGAAACUUGAGUCGUCGCCUAUGAAGUCAGAAGCUGCAAUAUGCUAAAUGUAAUGAAUGUCUCUCUCUCUCUCUUUCACUUAAGAACACAAAACAUACCUUUUCUCAUAUGAAAUAGAACUCAGCUUCUAGUAGUAGUCUUCAUAUUAGCAGGCAUGUCUGCAUAGUCUUCCCUUUCGCUCUGUACCAUUACUUGUCUAUUGUUGUUUUUUUGUUCUCUCAGGUUCUGAGACUUUGAGACUGUUGUUGUUGGCCAAUUUAUGUAAUGAUUAAAUCACUACGCAUGAGCUCAAAGUAUAUAUUAUCUAGCAAUAAGGUUUUGUAUGA